AUGGCGGUCCGGCCGACGAUGUCCCGGUUCCCAGCCGACCUGAGGGAGCAGGAGGCCUGCGGCGUGCCGUGGGGCGUGACCCUGACGCCGUUCGCAGCGAAAGACGAGAACGGCAUCCCGCCUGUGUACGGAUCCGGCGGUGAGUUGCUGCCGCGAUGCGAGAAUUGCUGGGCCUACUACAACACCUACUGCGAGCAGGAUCAGUGGUCCUGGGACUGCGCCCUUUGCGGCACCACCAAUGGUCUCACGUCGGAGUCCAUUGCGCGAUACGCACUUCCCGAAUCUUGCCCGGAGAACAAGUCCUCGUUCAUUGACCUGGAGCUGCCGCUGGAAGAAUCUGAAGAAAUGCAGGCAAGGCCAGUGUAUGUUGCUGCGGUCGAUCUCACUUCAUCAGAAGAGUUCCUGGAACUUACUAAAAGUGCUCUGCUGGCUGCCUUGGAAGCUCUUGGGCCAGGAUCCCUCUUUGGUCUUGCUACGUUCAGCCACAAAAUAGGCUUGUAUGAUGUUCAGGGGCCCAUUCCAGUGGUCAAGAAUGUGUUCAUUCCCCCUGAUGACAACCUGGCAAUGGAUCUUGAAGAUGUCAUGCCAUUGUUUUCUUUUUUGGCUCCAGUUGAUGCAUGUAAGGACCGUAUUGCAUCAGCACUUGAAACUCUGAAGCCAACAACUUCAUGGGAACGGACAACAGCUGCCGGCCAAGCAGUAGAUGAUGUUUUACUUGGUGGCCGAGGGUUUGGAGUGGCGAUGGAAGCUCUACUCAAAUAUUUAGGAUCAGAAUAUGGAAAUACAUUUGCGCUGGCUAGAGUUUUUGCGUUUUUAUCUGGUCCUCCAGACUAUGGUCUUGGUCAACUGGACACCAGGCGGUAUGGCGAGCAAUAUGCUAGUAAAGGAGAGGAUGCAGAUCGUGCUUUGCUCCCCGAGCAGACUCCAUUUUAUAGAGAUCUGGCUGCUGGUGCUGUUCAAUCUGGUGUAUGUGUGGAUAUAUUUGCUGUUACAAAUGAGUAUACAGAUUUGGCUUCCUUAAAGUUUCUUAGCAUUGAGAGUGGAGGUUCGUUGUUUCUAUAUUCAAAUACUGAUGAUUCAACCCUUCCUCAGGACAUGUACCGUAUGUUAAGCCGGCCACAUGCUUUCAAUUGUGUCCUACGCGUAAGGACAUCAUCUGAGUUUAAGCUUGGCCAUUCAUAUGGGCAUUUUUUCCCGGACCCAGAAUAUGAAAAUGUUCAGCACAUUAUUUGCUGCGACUCUUUCGCUACAUAUGCCUAUGACUUUGAUUUUGUGAAUGAUGCUGGAUUUUCCAGACACAGCCGAGAACGUCCAACAUUGCAAAUUGCAUUUCAGUACUCAGUUGUUGUGCCUUCUGAUGGACCCUCCCUACAGGGUUCAGGUUCUUCAAAGAGAGCUAAAUAUUCCCUGAAAAGGAGACUGAGGAUCAGAACUCUACAACUCGAUACGGCUCACAAUAUCAGUGAAAUUUAUGAUAGUGUUGAUCCUGAAGUUGUUCUAUCAGUACUUGUUCAUGAGGUGAUUUUGUCCUCUUUGGAGAAUGGAGUUCGAGAGGGCCGGAUCCUGCUACACGAGUGGCUUGUAAAUCUAACUGCUCAGUAUAAUGAUGCUUUCAAGAUUGCUGAGUAUGCGAGAGGGAACUUAACCACAUCUCAGUUUGAUGUUGCCUUCACUCAGUGCCCUCAGCUGCAAUCUUUGCCCCGCUUAGUCUUUGCUCUCCUCCGGAAUCCUCUUCUUCGCUUUCAUGAAGAAGGUGUCCAUCCAGACUAUCGCAUCUAUCUUCAGUGUCUAUUCAGUGCUCUGGAACCUUCUUCACUUACCCUUGCUAUAUAUCCAUUGCUGGUGUCUUAUGAAACGCCGGAUAAACAAGCAUUUCCUCGCCAUUCACUGAGCCGUGCUGCAUUACUAACGAGUGGUAGCCCGAUAUUUUUCCUUGAUGCCUUCACAACUCUUGUCGUGUUCUAUUCAUCUACAGCUGACUCUGCACUUCCUUUUCCUCCACCUCAGGAUUGUUUUCUGAGAAGCACGAUCAACAAACUGAAGCAAGAGAGGAAUAUUACUCCUAAACUCAUAUUUAUUAGGGGAGGCCAAGAUGAUGCAACUGUGUUCGAGAACUACUUAAUAGAGGAGCAGGAUGUCGAAGGGAGUGGUGUCACGAGCGUCAUGGGUUUCGUCUCGUUUCUGGAUGAGAUCAAUCGUGAUGUGGUCGAGUACAUGAGUAAACUGAACGGCGAUAUACGUAAAUAG